AUGUCUUUGUAUAUUCUUAUCAGCCCUCCUGCUGUUGGGACUGGCCAGAGAUUGUUCUCUUUGACCCUCAGGCAUGCUUUAGGGAUGUUUCUUCAGCAUAGUUGGGUAUGCAUAUUGGAUUCAAGUGAAAUCAGCUUCUUUGCCACUUCUUUGUUAUGGACACUUAAGAUUGCUAAUGAUCCCUUUGGUUAUGCAGGGAUCCAUCAAAAGGGCUACAUCACACAUUUCUUUUGUGUGGCUUCGUUUCUUUGGACUACUACAAUUGCUUUUACCCUUCAUCGCACUGUUGUUAGACACAAAACAGAUGUUGAGGAUUUGGAGCCCAUGUUUCACUUGUAUGUUUGGGGUACUUCACUUGUUAUGACUGUCAUACGCUCUAUUGGUAAUGAACAUGGGCAUAUUGUUCGUUUAGGUGCAUGGUGUUUUGCCCAAGCAGGACGUAAAGGAACGGUGGUUCACUUUAUAACGUUUUAUGCACCACUGUGGGGGGCAAUUAUCUUUAACGGCGUCACUUACUUUCAAGUGAUACGCAUGCUAAACAAUGCAACCCGUAUGGCAGUAGGUAUGUCAGACCGAGUAUACCAACCAGAUGCACGGCCAGACAUGAAGGCUGUGAACCGGUGGGGUUACUAUCCACUCAUCCUCAUAGGGGCUUGGACUUUUGGCACGAUCAACCGCAUCCAUGAUUUCAUUGUACCAGGCCAUAAAAUAUUUUGGCUUUCCAUUCUUGAUGUUGGGAUGGCUGCACUAAUGGGCCUGUUCAACUCAAUAGCAUAUGGCCUUAACUCCUCGGUGCGGCGGGCAAUUUUUGAAAGAUUAGAUCU